AUGAAUUGGACAACAUUACUAAUAUUAACAAUUUCAUUUUUCAACUUCCAAAAAUCCUUUGUCACGGCAGCAGAAACCGAAAGACCUAAGAAUAGAAUCGUGUUCCAUGAAAGUAAUCUAACUCGUGACGUGGCUCUCGAAAUAUGGGAUUCAGAUAAGGACCAUUUUGAAAUCUUAUCAAUUGGUAAUCAAGAUAAUAACAAUAUAACAUCAUAUUUAUGCAACUUACCAGGACAAGAUCAAUUUUCCUUGGAUUCAAAUGAACCUAGAACAACUUUGCAUGAUUUGAAAGAACAAGCAGUUGAAUUGAUUGCUGAAUCUUUUGACCAAGAUAAAUGUUUAUAUGCAUUUGGAAUACUUGGUAAUUAUUGGACUAUUGGAUAUUGUUAUGGUGAUAAAAUCAUGCAAUUUCAUGAAGAUUUGGAUGAUUUCUUGAAAGCUAGCCAUAAACCAAAUCACCCAAAUCAUGUAUAUGUCUUGGGAAGAUUUCCAGGAAGUGAACGAUUUAAUCUGAAAGUUACCAAAAUAUCUAAUCAGGCUAUUUACGAACCUAAACUUAAACUUGAUACACGAGAAUUUUCCGUCAAUGAAGGAUAUAGUCAUAAACUAGAAGGUGAAAUUUGUGAUCUUACUGGACAACCUAGAAAAUUAUCCAUCAAAUAUGUCUGUGAUUUAAGUAAUACCAAAAUUGAGAUAUUGGAAAUCAGAGAAAUCAAAACAUGUCAAUAUGAUAUGGUAAUCAAUAUCCCGAAUCUUUGCAAAUUGAAUGUUGAAAGAGAGCAUGUGAUGGACAUAGUAUGUACACAAAUAUUUGCCUAA